AUGCCUAUAAAGAAGAGAAAACGAGGCGUGGAGCCAACGGAAGUUCCAGCUCAAUCGCCAUCUGGAGAGCGCACAAUAAACGUACCUAAAACGCGGAGAAAAGAGCCGCCAGCUUCGAGAGAUAAUAUAUCACUAGUUGAUGAUAUCAACUCUCUUCCGUUCAGCGAGUUUGUUGAUCGAUAUAUACCACCGUACGCGUUGGACCUUACCAUCCGGCCUUCACGCGCCAGUUCGAAUGAUACCACCAGUGACGCAACUCAUGAUGCAUACUCGGUUAAAUUUUAUACUGCCGCCUCAAUUCCUGCCGAAUACAUGGAUGCGUGUUUCAAUCUCAUCUAUUUCACUAGUUCAGAGGCCUACAAUAAGUCAGCGUCCGGCUGGUCCGGGCGUAAAAAGAAGCUGGAAAUGAAAUUAUUAGACAUGCGAUAUAUAGUUCUUGUUUCUGAGAAUGAAACCACGUCCAAAGACCCUCUCGGCAUAUCCCCUAUUGGAGGCUUUUUGUCAUUUAUGGUUACCCAGGAGGAUGAGCUGCCCGUACUUUACUGUUAUGAAAUACAUCUGGCCCCCGAGGUGCAACAUAGAGGGGUUGGGAAACAAUUACUCCGGAUAUUCGAAGAUAUCGGCAGGAACGUGGGCCUUCGAAAGGGCAUGCUUACGGUAUUCAAAUCUAAUCAGAGCGCAGUUCGAUUCUAUGAACAGAUUGGCUUCACAGAAGACGAAAGUUCGCCGAAGCCAACCAGAUUACGGAACGGGAAGAUGAGGGAGCAUGACUAUAUGAUUAUGUCUCAACCAUAUGCUGAUGGGAACGAGGACUGCAUGGAUAUCACAGACCAGGACCUUAAUUGA